AUGUCUGCCGCCACAGUUUUCGACUCGACGCUCUUUGGCAACAUCUUCGGCACAGAGGAGGCCCGCCAGGCCUUCUCGGAACGAUCUUAUGUUGCCAAUCUAAUUAAGGCCGAGUGCGCCCUGGCCGAGGCUGAAGAAGCCGAAGGCAUUGUGCCCAGUGGCACCGCUGCUGUACUGAGAGACCAUUGCGACGUCUCGAAGAUCGACUGGCAACUCCUUGCAGCCCGCACGGAGAUUGUAGGAUACCCAGUACUGCCUCUGGUAGAACAGAUGUCAAAAUGGGUCCCCGAAGAGACUUCUGGGUACAUUCACUGGGGCGCCACUACGCAAGACAUUAUGGACCUCGCUUCGGUUCUACAGAUGAAGACUGGCCUCGAGAUCGUCGAGCGCCUUCUGCGCAAAGUCACCUCGACCCUGGAGAGAAUGUCCGCCGCCUACAGAGACGUACCCAUGGCCGGCAGGACGCAUCUACAACACGCUCUCCCCAUCACUUUCGGAUACAAAUGCGCAGUCUGGCUGGCUGGUUUCCGUAGACAUGUGAAGCGAAUCGAACAGAUCAAAGAAAGCUGCUUGCUGGUCCAAUUUGGCGGUGCUGCUGGUACCCUCGCUUCUCUAGGUACAAGCGACAGCGGCAUCCGUGUGCGCAAGCGCCUCGCAACUAUCCUUGGCCUGCAAGACCCCGUCAUCACCUGGCACGUAGCACGCGAUACUGUCGCUGAGAUUAUCAACUACCUUGCACUGGUUGGCGGUAGCUUGGGCAAGAUCGCGCUCGACUUGAUCAUCAUGUCAUCAAAUGAGCUGAACGAGGUCGCCGAGCCUUAUGUUCCUCACCGUGGCGCCUCUUCAACCAUGCCCCAAAAGCGCAACCCCAUUUCCAGCGAAGUGAUACUUGCUCAAUCAAAGAUUCUACGUGCACAGGCCGGCCUUGUACUAGAUGGCAUGGUCUCUGACUUCGAACGAGCCUCCGGCCCGUGGCACCUGGAGUGGGCUGCUAUCCCAACGGCCUUCAUUUCCAUUGUUGGGUCCCUCCACCAAGCCGAGUUUGCCCUAUCAGGGCUCCAGGUCAAUAAAGAUGCCAUGAUGGUGAAUCUCAAGUCAACAAGGGGCUUGAUCGUUGCGGAGGCUGUCAUGAUGGACCUGGCAAAGUACACCGGUCGCCAGGAGGCACACGAGAUUGUCUACAAGGCGUGCGUUAAGGCACAUGAGAACAGCAUGUCACUACAGGAAGCUUUGGAAGAAUCAUCACAGGUGACGUCUCAUCUUGCUUCGCCAGACCUGGCAAAAUUGUGCGAUCCUACAAGAUAUCUGGGAUGCUGUCAAUUGAUGCUGGAUGAGCUGUUAGGACAGGGAGCGGGACAUGCCAGCGGAAACAGAAAGGACCUGAACGGCAGUAAAGAGGUUGCGAGUUGUAAUGGAACUACCAAUGGCAGCCAUUGA